CGUCUCGGUUUUCACUCUUCGUUACGAAGGAGGAGUUUUCUGUUUUAGCUGGCUCGAAUAAAAUCUGAGUGAUCCCUGAAAGUAGACUUUGGUUUGAGCAGAAGGACGAGCUGAAAAGAAGCGACAACAAUGGCUGUGGCGGGUUGUACGAAAUGCAUAAAAUAUAUGUUAUUCUUCUUUAAUUUUAUUUUCUGGCUGGCCGGAGGUGUGAUCUUAGGAGUGGCCCUGUGGUUACGCCAUGACAGUAAAACCAGCAACCUCCUCAUACUUCAGUUUGAAGGCCAGCAGGCGCCGAGCACCUUUUACAUCAGCGUCUACAUACUGAUCGCUGUCGGAGCUGUCAUGAUGCUUGUGGGGUUCUUGGGAUGUUACGGUGCCAUUCAGGAAUCUCAGUGUCUGCUAGGAACGUUUUUCUUCUUUUUGGUGAUCCUCUUUGCCUGUGAAGUGGCCGCAGCAAUCUGGGGCUUCAUGAACAGGGACACUAUGUCCAAAGAGCUGAUUAAUUUCUAUGACGCUGCGUACAUCAAAGCUGUGGAUGUCACUGGGUCCCCGAGUAAAGACGCAGCCAUCGGUGUACUGGGUGCUUUCCACACUACGCUAAACUGCUGUGGGAAAGGCGAUGACACUCCUCUAUUCAUGCAAGUCCGCUCCACCUUGUGUCCCUCAGGAAUACUUUCUGCGCCAGUACCCAAGAGCUGCCACAGCGAACUCGUCGCUCUGUUCUCCGAGAAGCUCCACCUCAUCGGCCUGGCCGCCUUGGUGGUUGCCGUCAUCAUGAUCUUUGAGAUGAUCUUCACCAUGGUGCUCUGCUGUGGGAUUCGCAACAGCCCGGGAGUUUACUAAGCGUUUAAAGGCCAGGAGAAAACCGCAGCAGCUGAGGCCAGAGGGACCUGUGUCUGUGCUACUGAAAGCACUACAUGUAUAUUAUCCUAUUUACUAUAGAUUAGAUCUUGUUUAUAUAUUACUCAUCUGCCAUUACUUUCAUUUUGAGAGUAACUGACCUGUCAUCGUUUUCUUUUAUACCGUCAGUUUGUUGGAAAAUGUUUCUCUAGCAGAGUUUCUGGGUGUGUAAUAUGUAUAUAAACUUAUUGUUUAUUAGAAAGGAGACAACGUGUGUAUGCAUGUGUGUGUGCGUGUGUGUGUGCAUGUGUGUGUGCUAACUGGGUAGUUGUGUUGUAUCUAGCUGCAGGGUGAUUGUUAUUUAUUCUGCAGUGUUUCUGGGAUGAGCGAAGAGGCUUUUACUGGACCAUGUGUGUCUUCUAACCUGAAGAAAAGAUCAUGCUCUCAGUUUGUUAACUUGUGAAUCUUCCCAUAUUAAAUACAAGCAAAACUUUUCUAUUUCCUGCUUAUUCUACCCUAAUAAAUUAAACAAACUGUCAUAUAUAUAUAAGUGUUUAACAGUGAUUUUUCUAUUUUUUUUUUUUUGUUUGUUUCUGAAGGAGCUUAACUUUAUUUAGGAAUUUGUGUCUGUCUUAUUAUCCAGCCAACAUGUACUAAUAUGAGCUGUAAAAACAGAGAUUGUAUAUAUAUGUUUGAUGCAGAACAAUGCUCCAUUUGAACUGGUUUUCUCAAUACCCAACUAUUGAUUUUGGCAAUGUGGGUCGUAUUUAAUCAGGCCAAAAGAUCCCAUUCAUAUAUAAAUAGUUAAACUUCAUCUUUUUCAAGAUGUUCAAGCUGCAACAUGGCAAUAUGUCCUGUGUUAUUUAAUUAUCCAAAUUACUUCAGAAUUAUACUUCUGUGUAAUAAAGCAUUUGCUAAGACUCAAA